UUCUUCAAGCACUUUCGACCAAUAAUGUUGCGCCGCGGUCUAUCUGCGACUGUGAUCCUUGUGAUCCUGCUGACCUGGUGCAGCCAUUCCAGCAAUGCCAUUCGCCAGGCCCAGCUCAGCGAGGAGCAGCUGGCGAGGAUCAUGCAGGCGGGUGGAGUUACCUAUCAGAAUCGAGUGAUCAACGGCGAGGAUGCGGCACUGGGUGAGGCCAAGUACCAGAUCUCACUGCAGGGCAUGUACGGUGACCACAUGUGCGGUGGAGCCAUCAUCAACGAACGCUUUGCCCUGACGGCGGCACACUGCGUCUAUGGCUAUAAUCCUCCCUAUCUGAGAGUGGCCACCGGUACGGUGCGAUGGGGGAAGCCGGAUGCUCUGUACUUUGUGGAGGAGUACUGGGUACACUGCAAUUACAACAGUCCGGAUUACCACAACGAUAUUGCCCUGCUCAAACUAAACGACACCAUUAAGUUUAAUGAGUACACGGAGGCGGCAAAGCUGCCAACGGAACCGCUGAAAAAUGGCACGGAACUGAUUCUCACCGGCUGGGGUUCCACGGAGCUCUGGGGCGACACUCCCGAUGUCCUGCAGAAGGCCUCUCUCACGUAUGUGGAGUACCCGAAGUGCCAGGAGCUCUUGAACAAUGAUCCCUUCAAUGGACCCUGCCAUGUGUGCACCCUGACGACCGGUGGUCAAGGGGCCUGUCAUGGAGACUCUGGCGGUCCUCUGACCCAGAAUGGUGUGCUCUAUGGCCUGGUCAACUGGGGUUAUCCAUGCGCCACCGGUGUUCCGGACAGCCAUGCCUCUGUACACUACUAUCUGGACUGGAUCCGGCGCAUGAUCUCCGAAACCUGCAGCAGCAAUUGCGAUUGCUAUGCCAGCAAUUAUCCGUGAAGAGUAAGUUGGGAGCUGUGAUGACUACAGAUUACUUUGGAAGAUUAGGAAAUGAUAACGAUUUUGAUUAAUUUCUAGGAUAAAAUUAAAUAUACCUUGUCACAUGCUUAAUCAUUUCACAGAGAAUAAAGGUUUUGCUUACAAGAUA